AUGGCCAGGUUCACACCCGAUCAGCUCCUCCUAUUCGUCCUCAUCAUUGCAGCAACCGGCUGGCUCGGCCCUAGCACUCAUCGGCAAGCCCAAAACUCCUCAGCAACAACAAACACCACUGCUAUUCCUACUAAUACCAACAGCACCAAUCCUACAUCUUCGGCAAACUCGAGCUCGAUCCUCAACAAGGAUGAGGCCGUGCCCCUGGACACCAAGAUCACCGUCCCCUUCUCCAUCCUCGGCGUCCUGCUCAUCGUCAGCGGCGCACCCAUGGGCUUCUGGGGCGGCCGGAACAGAUGGUCGAGCUACUUCCUCACCGGCGCGUUCGUCGGCGCGUUGUUGGUCAUGACCCCCAUCCUCAGGUUUGGUGUCAUCGAGCAGGACCGCCACCCUAGCACCGCCAUCCAGGGCGUCUUUGUCUUGGCUUGCUUUAUUUCGGCUGUUGCUGCGGGCGCAGUGGCCGUGAUCUUCUGGAAAGGUACCAGAUUCCUGGUCGGUGCCGGCGGCGGCUUCGUGCUCAGUCUCUUCAUCCUGUCGCUCAAAAGCAACUCACUCAUCCCCGCAGUCGGCCUCCGCUGGGUCGUCAUCCUCAUCAGCGCCUCCCUCGGCUUCGUCCUCGCCACAAUCCCCACGCUCACCAUCCAUGUGACCCUGUUCGCAACGGCCGCCAUGGGCGCCGCCGCCGUCGUGCUCGGCAUCGACUGCUUCACCACCGGCGGCCUGAAGGAGUUCUGGCUUUACAUCGUUGGCUUCGGCGGCAUGUUCCCUCGGCUCAGCUACUUUCCAUUCACAGUCACGAUGCAGGCCGAAUUGGGGGUCAUGGCCGGACUGUUUCUCAUGGGCGCCUCAGUCCAGUGGCGGUUACUGGAAGUGAUCCGGAAGAAGAUAGACGAACUCAAACAGCUCGAUCAAGACCGCAGAAUGCAGGAGGAUGCUGCCGCCUACAGGCAAUCGAUGGCCUUGGAUGCGGACCUUGCGCUCUGGGAGAAACGGCACGGCGAUGAUGGGGACAGUGUGACGAUGGCCGCCAGUCCGCCGAAGAAGUCCCACGCGCGCAAGAGCUCCCAGUUUUCGCUUUUACCCCGCCACCCCGCGUCGCCCUUGACGCCCCAGACCCCGCUGACCAUGUGCGAACAUACACCCCGGCCGUCGAACGAUCAUCUGCUCACGCUGGACGUCGGCGGAGGACUAGCCGGCUCACUCGGGAUCACCGAAGUGAAUCCUACUCCGAAUGCGCCCGGCGAGUAUUUGGCGCUUGACACGUCCGCGGAGCCCGCCGAGACGAUCCUGCCGCUUUACACCACCCCGCAGAAGUCCUCUGCCCCGCGUCCGUCCAGCCAGGCUGAGCGGACGGUAUCGAUAGACUUUGAGAAGUUCGAGAAUGACCGACGCGUCUCGCGCCCGCCGGGUGCGCCCGCAUCCUGGACGAGCCCGCUGAGCGGGGCCUCGAAGCUGACGCUCACCACGCCCUCGGGCUCGACCGGCCGCGCCAAGCUCGCCUCCCCGGGCCCGGCCUCGUCCCAGCGGAUCUCCUAUUCCCCGCGGAUCCCCGAGCACGAAGAGCUCCGCCCACCCCACCACCGGAGCACGACCGAGCAGCCGCCCGUCCGGCCCGCCUCCGAGCACCUCUCGCCCCUCCUCGCCCGGCGCUCCGAGGACGCCCCUCGCCCCCGCCCCGCGUCCCGCAUCAUCGUCGGCGCCUAUCCCGCCCCUUCCCCCCGCCCUCCUUCUCAGAACCGCGAGAGCAAGAUCAUGACCAUCGAGGAACUCGACCUUCGCCAUAAAUCCGCCAUGAAGAGGCUCCAGCACCCCACCACGGAGAAAAUCGCCGCCGCGCGCCCCGCCGACCGCGCCCUCCACCACUCCAGAUCCUCCGGCACGCUCGCGCCCCCUUCUUAUCCCUCCGUCACCGCCGACAACCGCCGCUCUUCUCACUUGCCCCCGGCCACCAGACCCGCACGACAUGAAGACGCCGAUCCCCGUCCUCGCUCGCGCCUCGUCUCGUCAUCCUCCGCCACCCGCCCCCCAUCCACCGCCACUCCUCCCCAACAGCCCUCUCAAAAAGCUGCCGCCUGGCUCUCCUAUUAG